AUGGAAGGCGGGUCUGAAAAUCCCGAAGGCACAGGCGAGCAGGACCCCUAUUUUCAAAGCCUAGACUCGUUCUCGAAAGCAGCUGAUUUCCCGGAAAUAGUACCCGGCGGUCUUUCCGGCGGUAUCCAGGGCACUGAGUUACCAACAGAUGACGUGUUCGGCACUCCCACACUUCCUGACGACGUGCUAGGAGGUGGCGCCACGUGGACCAAUCCUCCACUAGUUACAGCCAAUGGCGACGCUGUGGGUGAUAUUAAUGCUUCGACUAAAGGUACUGACGGUGAUGCCGCUACCGCUGCUAAUCGUUCUGACCAAGGUAACCCCUGGGACAUAUCCGAUGGUGACGCUGACGCUGAUGCUGCUGACGCUGACGUGACUGACGCGGCUGGCGAUUCCGUUCCUGCAACCACUCCCGCUGAUCUCCAUAUGACAGCUGAAUCGCCGAUUAACACUGUACGAGCUUCUGACCAGCGGGUUUUACAUGAUGAUACUAUAACGGGGAUGGCGACAGCCGCUGAGAACAAACUCCCUGUAGCUGGACUUACGAAUAAUGGAGAAGCCGAAGAGGAGGAAGAAGCAGGCGGCGCUUCACAGCGGGCCAGCGGAACGGCACGAGAAGAAGCAGCACAGUCGGCUCCCGACACGGCACGGGAAGAGGCACGGCCAGCUCAAGGCACGGCACGGGAAGAGGCAGAACCGGAAAUGGUGGUGGAGGGGAGUGGGGGAGAGGCUGGAACGACACCAGGCGAGGCGCAAAGGCAGGGAGAAGGCGCCGGGAGGGUUGGCGCAGAAACGGGGACAUCUGUCAAAGAUGAGGAGAGUGGCGGAGAGGCGCGACAGAAAAUGACGGCAGAAGCAGCGACCGAGGCGGAUCGGCCUUCCCCAGAGGGUCAGGGCUCCGCACAGGCAGGCGGGGGUUCGGUCGGGAAUGGAGUUGCUGCCGCCGCUGGUGAUGGUAAAGGUGGCGGUAAUCGAAACGCCAACCUUCCGAGCACGCCGCUUCCCACUCCGCCUGAAGCCCGCUUGCCCUCAGCCGCUCGCCUCUCGCCCGGGUCUCCUGCUGGAGCCGACGCUGAUGCUGCUGCUUCUGCUGCUGCUGCUGCUGCUGCUGCUGCUGCUGCUGCUGCUGCUGCUGCUGCUGCUGCUGCUACGCCUAUGGCCUUUGAUGCUCCAACGUUUGAUGAUUUAGACUUCGAAACACCUGCGACGGGCGUCAGCACACCUUCGACAACCGUCAGCACCCCUGCUACAGCCGUCAGCACCCCUGCUACAGCCGUCAGCACCCCUGCUACAGCCGUCAGCACCCCUGCUACAGCCGUCAGCACCCCUGCUACAGCCCCUGCUACAGCCGUCAGCACUCCUGCUACAGCCGUCAGCACUCCUGCUACAGCCGUCAGCACUCCUGCUACAGCCGUCAGCACUCCUGCUACAGCCGUCAGCACUCCUGCUGACACCCCGAACGCAACAGCCACCGCCACUCCUGCUGCCACCCCCUCAGCCACUUCUGCUGCCACUCCUUCCGGCACUCCUGCUGCCACCCCCUCCGCCACUCCUGCACCUGCAGCGGACGGCGUCACCACUCCCUUAGCCUCGCCGCUUCCUGCUGCUCCCUCUUCCACCCCUCCUGCUCCCACUCGCUCCGCCACUCGCGCAGCCACUCCCGCCGCCACUCCUGCUGCCACCCCCGCCGCCACUCCUGCUGCCACUCCCGCCGCCACUCCUGCUGCCACUCCCGCCGCCACUCCUGCUGCCACUCCCUCCCCCACUCCUGCUGCCACCCCCGCCGCCACUUCUGCAAUCCUGUUCGCCACUCCUGCUCCUGCAGCGGACGGCGUCACUACUCCCUUAGCCUCGCCACUUCCUUCGGCUGCCACUCCCACCCCUCCUUCCGCUGCCACUCCCACCUCUCCUUUCGCUGCCACUCCCACCCCUCCUUCCGCUGCCACUCCCACCUCUCCUUCCGCUGCCUCUCCCGCCACUCCUGCAAUCCUCUUCGCCACUCCUGCAAUCUUCCUCGCCACUCCUGCACCUCCAGCGGACGGCGUCACUACUCCCUUGGCCUUGCCGCUUCCUGCCGCUGCCACUCCCACCCCUCCUACGGCUCCCACUCCCACCCGUCCUGCCGCUGCCACUCUCACCCCUCCUGCUGUUCCCGCUCGCACUCCUCCUGCUGCUCCCGCUCCCACCCCUCCUGCUGCUCCCACUCCCAACCCUCCUGCCGCUCCCACUCGCACCCCUUCUCCUGCUCCCAUCCCUCUCCCUCCCGCUGCUGCGCCGUACCUGGGCAAACUGGUUCGGAAGAGGUUCGGCGACGUGGUGUUUCUGGGUCGGGUGUUUGAGUACGACCGGGAAGAGGGGUGGUACAAGGUUCGGUACGAGGAUGGGGAUUUGGAGGAUUUGGAGGAGGGAGAGGUGGUGGCGCUGCUGCUGGGGCAAGAGGAGGAGAAGGCUGCUGCUGCGGAAGUUGAUGCCUGGCCGCAGCAAAAGCGCCAGGCGUUCUUCAGCGAGGCAGAGGAGCCGGUGUUCGUUGAAGGCAUGGCAGGGAUGGAAGAGGGAGAGGGGGCCGCAGGAGGGGGAGAGGGGGCAGCGGGAGGGGGAGAGGGCACCGCGGAACGGGGAGAUGGAGUGGAAGGAGGGGCGGAGGUGGCGCGUGAGGGCAAGACGGAAGGGCAGGAGCCGGCAGGGAAGGCGGAGCAGCCGUUGGCAGCGGGCGGUGCUGGCACGGCUGCAGCAGAGGAAGGAGACGGGGCUGAGAGUGUAGGUGCAGGGGGGGAUGGUGCUUUGCCUGGCACUCCCACCACACCUGGUGGGUCCCCUGCUAAGAGCCCCGCGAGAACCCCUCCCAAGGGUGCUGCCAGUACGCCUCGUACUAGGGCUGCCAUAAGCGCCGCUAGGAGCCCUACUAAGACUCCUCCUGCCAACAGCACUGCCAGAACCCCGCGCAAGAGUUCUGCCUCGAGACUUGCUAAGUCCCCUGGUAAGAGCCCUGCCAAGACCCCUAUGAAGAGCCCUGCUAAGAGCCCUGCUUAUAGCCCUGCUAAGAGCCCUGCUUAUAGCCCUGCUAAGACCCCUCCUAAAAGCGCUGCUAAAAUCCCUGCGAAAACCCCUCUUGGGAGCGCUGCUAAGAUCCCUGAAACGAGCCCUGCCAAGAGCCCACGGCUCAGUUCUGGUAAGGCGACGCCCAGCAAGAGACAGGCUGAGGCAGCAGCAGAGGGCGGCAGUGCUGCUAAGAGACGGUCUCUUGGGAGACAGUCCGUGGGUAGUAGCAGUGUGGGGCGCAGCACUGCUAAGGCGGAUGCUGCCAAGGCUGCUAUCGGAGGUGCUUGGGAUGCCAUGAUAGGGACGGGCAGGCGGGCGGCAGGAGCAGGGAAGAGAGCAGGGGCGGUGAAAUGGGUGACUCCUGUCAGGCGGGGCGAAAAGAGGGGCGGCAGGGGGUGUCGGGGUUAUGGGGCGGGCGGCAGGGGGAGUGGCGCGGGCGGCAACAGGAGUGGGAAAGAGGAAGAGCAAGAGUUUUUCAAGGCGUGUACCCCCCUUUCCCGAGGCAGGGCGCCCCUCGUCGACCGGUCCUCCCGCCACGCGCUGACAGCAGCAGCAAAGCCCAGAACCCCCCUUUCUAGAAGCAGGGUCCACCCGUCUUCCCGCCACGCGCUCACAGCAGCGGCAAAGCCCCGAGUGCUCACCAGGCGGCUGUCAGUGGAAGCCAGGCGCCUCUCAGCUGCCGCCACUCCGCCUCCCCGUCCCACUCCUACUGCUCCUUCCCCUCCACCUGCUCUCGCCUCUCCUGUUGCCUCCACUCCCCUAACGCGUCGUUCACGAGUGAGUGAUAGGCUGUCAGUGGAAGCCAGGCGCCUCGCAGCUGCCCCCACUCCUCCUCUCGCCUCUCCUGCUGCGUCCACUCCCCUAGCACGUCGUUCACGAGUGAGUGAUAGGCUGUCAGUCACUCCCACGCACGCGGCACCUGAGGUGCCUCAAAAGUCGUCAGUCACUCCCAGGCGCUCCAGUGCAGGGGCAGGAGGGAGAGGCGCUGCUGUAGUGGUAGCAGCGGCAGAAUUGCCUGCUGAGUCACCUGCUACGACCCCUGCCAAAUCACCUGCCGCGACCCCUGCUAAAUCACCUGCCAAUUCCUCUCCAAGUUCACCUGCCAAGUCCCCUGCCAAUUCACCUGCCUAUUCACCAGCCAAAUCCCUUGCCAAGUCACCUUACGGAAGAGCAAGCAGGAGGGGAAGGAAGGCAGCAGCUACUGCACCAGCUGUAGCAGCAGCAGCUAGCAGAGCGACAAGGGCGAGCAGACGGGCAGUAGAAACAGCAACGGCAGAAGAACAAGUGGCUGUAAUAGAAGUAGAAGAGGAGGAGGAGGAGGAAGAGGAGGAGGCAGUGGUGGUGGUGAGUGAGGUGCAACCAGUGCGAGGAAGGAGGGCCGUGCAGGGAGUGGCAGGGGAGGGAGAUGUGCAAGAAGGGCCAGUGGAAAGGGAGGGAGGGGGUUCUGUUGGGCGCAGGAGGGGAGGAAGGGGAGGGAGAGGAGGAAGAGGAGGAAGAGGAGGAAGGGGUAGAAAGUCUUUAGAGGGAGUGGCAGAGGUGGGAGAUGUGCAAGAAAGGGAAGUGGAACUGGAAGUGAGAGUGGGAGUGGAAGCAGUGGGGUCUCCUGCGUCUAUGGGUGGGAGGGGCGGAAGAGGACGGAGAGGGCGCGGGGGGAGAGCGGCUGGGAGGGCACGAGGUGCAACGGAAAUAGCAGCAGCAACUGCUGUGGAAGCAGCAGCACAGGUAGAAGAGGAGGAAGAUGUAGAACUGGUGGAAGAGGAUGCAGCAGUUGAGGCAGGGGAAGAUGUGGAGGGGGGGGAAACGGUGGGGGAAGUGGAAGCUAGAGUUUCUGGUGGUCAGAGGGGUGCAAGGGGAGGACGAGGGAGGAGAGGGCGAGGAGGGAGAGGGGCAGGGAUGAGGGCACGAGGAGCAAAGAAAGCAACUGAGCCAGCUGCAGCAGCAUCUGUGGCGGACGAGGAGGAAGAGGAGGAAGAGGUGCAAGUGCUGGGAGAGGAGGGAGAGGAGGGAGAGGAGGGAGCAGUUGGAAGAGCUGUGGAGGGGGGUCAAGAGGUGGGUAACAUGGAAGCUGGGGUUUCUGGUGGGCGUGGGCGUGGAAGGGGAGGACGAGGAAGGAGAGGGCGAGGGGGGAGAGGGGCAGGGGUUAGGGCUCGAGGAGCAAAGAAAACAAGUGAGCCAUCAGCAGCAGCAACUGUGGCAGCAGAAGAGACUGCUUUGGAGGAGGAGGAAGAGGAGGGAGAAGUGCAAGUGGUGGGGGAUGAGCGAGCAGUUGAGGCAGGGAAAGAAGGGGAGGGGGUUCAGGAGCUGGGGGAAGUGGAAGCUGGAGUGUCUGGUGGGCGCGGGGGUGGAAGGGGCGGACGAGGAAGGGGAGGACGAGGAAGAGGAGGACGAGGAGGGAGAGGGGCAGGUACCAGGGCACGAGGAGCAAAGAAAACAACAGAGCCAGCAGCAGCAGCAGCUGCGGCAGCAGAAGUGAUGUCGGAAGAGGAAGAGGAGGAGGAGGUGCAAGUGGUGGGAGAGGUGGAAGCGGAUGAGGUAGGGAAAGGUGGGGAGGGGGUUGAAGAGGUGGGUGAAGUGGUCGCAGGGGUUUCUGGUGGGCGUGGGGGUGGAAGGGUAGGAAGAGGAAGGAGAGGGCGAGGGGGAAGAGGGGCAGGGACUAGAGCAGCUCGAGGGGCAGCAGCAGCAGCUGAGCCAGCAGCAGCGGCAGUUGAGGAGGUGGUUGAAGUGGCUAGCACCAGGAGCACUCGAGGCAGCGCGGUGGGGCGGGCAAGGAGAGGCACUGCUGAACCUGCAGGAAAGGAAACUGGUGCUCGAAGGGGAGGAGCAGGAAAGGCGGGUGCAGAAAAGGCAGAUGCGGGGAGGAUGGAUAUGCCUGAGGCGGAUGUGGGUGCAAGCAGUGGGAGAGGAGCGCGGCAGACAAGGCGGCGGGGUGCUGCAGCACCCACGUUUGCGUCACUGAAUGCUGUCACUGCACGUGCCGCAGGAUCAGCAGCAGCAGCAGCUGAUGAGAAGCAAAAGGAGGCGGAGGAUGAAGAGGAUGGAGUGGUUGAGCUGGUUGUGACUCCUGCCCGCGCUCCUGCUGCUGGUGGUGGUGCCGGAAGGGGAAGGGGCGGUCUUGUGAGUGCGCUGAGAGGCGGGAGGCAGGGAGAGGCGGGAGAUCGACACGUGGGGUUUGUGGUGGGUACCCCGGGGGGUGGGCUGAGGCAGACACCUGGAAGGAGCGCGGGACGAAGGAAGAGUGAUGUGAUUGCGGCACGGGGAGGAGGGAUGCUGUCUCCAGGCAGGGGUGGGGGAGGAAGGCGGAAGAUUGAUGUGGUAGCGGCCCGGGGAGGGGGAAGGGGGAGAGGGGUGCGGUUGAGAGGGCGUGGGCGGGGUCGUGGAGGAAAGGGGAAAACAGCAGUGGAGGUGGAGGAGGAGGGGGAGGAAGAAGAGGAGGAAGGGGAGGAGGAUGAGGGGGUGGAGGAGGUGAGGGUGCUGGGAGAGAUGGUUGACCUUGCAUCAGAGGACGAGGAGGACGAGGAGGAGGAAGAGGACGAGGAGGAGGAAGAGGACGAGGAGGAGGAAGAGGACGAGGAGGAGGAAGAGGACGACGAGGAGAAGGUGGCUUUUGCUGGGGCCAAAUCAGGGAGUGAGCAGUUUGGCUUUCGGGUGGGGGGAGGAGUGAGCGGUCAAUAG